AUGCCGUGCAUGCAGCAGCUCUCUCUCUUUUUAGAUGUGACUAAAACCAAUGAGGGCCCAUCAAUGUCGGAGCUGGAAAGAGGCUUCUUCACAGACUGCAAUCUCUCCUCUUUGUCUGUUGAAGGGAUGUUAAGAUCAUCCAAAGGGAUCAUAGUAGAGUAUCCAGAUUCCAACCCUACCUUACCAGUUUGGUUUAAUUACUCCUCUAGUGUUCUUUCACCUUCAAGUGCCCCCAGCAAAAACUCUCUCCUGUCUCCAGGCAACACGCUGAACACUGGACUUAACGGUCUCGCAGAGGACAGGUCCUCCACACCUUAUGAGAGAGUAACUUUCCAAAAGCCUGGCCUAGCAAGCUCACUGGAUCUGUCCUGUAUUGAUUUGACUACCUCCCAUCCCUUAUGGGAAGUCUCUCUCAUCAAGCCCUGCACAGAAAGCCCAAAACCAGGCCUGAACCCAAACAAACUGGAACCAGCAUGGAGCCCUAGUUACCAGUCAGCACCCCGUACACUAGCAGAGAUUUCCUCUCUGGUCUGGUCAGGGAGGUCGCUGGGUAAAUCCGUCACAGAGGACCAUCAGAGGUCAUGUCUGGAAGCCACGUUCCAGGAAUCAAACCGUCGCCAUGCUGUUCUCGAGCUUGCAGAUGAGCAGCAGAAGAGUGUGCCCAGAGACCUGCCUCUCUAACAUCAUACUGGUGUAGUAAAGUUCACUUUAGGUAAGGGUAUCACCUGUCACGUACCCUGUAUUCUGCCUAAUACUGGAUCCAUAGUAAACAUUCCAUUUUCUUUCAUGUUUUCUAAUUGUUUGGGGUUUUGGUUGCAGGAAGCACAUGUUGACCCAUCCUAUACUACUAACAAGUUAAAUGUGUUUGCUGUUUCAAAAAAUAAAAUAA